AUGCCUGCAUUCCUUUCCGAACCGUACGUCAGACGGAUCAAAACACGUUUCCGUGUUUAUCUCCCCAAUUUAUUUUGAUUUUCUACGGAAAAUACUCCUUUUUUGUUGUUGACACCAGCUAAAAUCUGCAACAUGACCGCCCGUUCCAAGUCCCGACGGGACAAGAACAAUCGCAUCCGUCGCGCGAAAAACAAGCAGAAAGAAAUCAAAAAGCUCAAGAAAACUCUUGGUCUGCUGGACGAAGAUGGCAAGGAUCUCAUAGAGAAGGUCAAGGAUAUAACCGAACAGGAGAAGAAGAAGCAGGAGGAAAAGAAGAUUAAGCUUGAAGUUAUGGAGGAUAUCAUACAGCAGGAGACCAGUAAAGUGGCCCCUGUUAAGAAAAAGUUCAUAGUAGUCGAGAAUGAGCAGACCAAGGUGAAGCAUCGGUACAACGUCAAAACUAAACAGGACCAGUUCGGUCAGUAUCCGGUGUGGUACAAGUACAAGAAAGAGCGGAAGAAGCAGCUGCUGCGCGAAGGUAAAAUCAAGAAGAAGCGAGGCCGUCCCGGUAAAAGGAUGCACUUUAUCGACGAGACCUGUAUGUGGCGAAAUAUGGUGUAACAAUAAAAGGUUCAAUAAUCA